CACACACGCACUCACUCACACACAGCGGCAGCAUCCUCUCUCUCAGCGUGACUCCUCCGGGGAUCGCAAGUAGACCCAGUCAAACUUCCAGCAGAGAAGGGAUUCACUACAAGACAACAUAAAGGUGUGGUGAUGUUGCUACCUGCCAUCAGCCAUCUGCUCCGUUCCAUCUUCUCUCAGGACUGAUUUCCUCAUGGUGUGUCCCUCAACGUGCACCCCUCUUCCCGUCCUCCUUGACCGUUUCAUGGGCCUCCAAGUGACCCCCGCCGUUCCACCCUUAACCCCUCACCCUUAACCUUCCACCACCUCACCCAGCCCCCCCCCUCUCCCCCAUCUGAUCCCCUACCGCCGAACACCCAACCAUGGUGGCCCGCGCUCUCGUGGUAGUGAUGAUGUGUCGAGGCGUCCUGCUGUCUGUGGGAGACCCGCCAUCGUCGCGCCGGGAGAUCCGCAUGGAAGGCGACCUGGUGCUGGGCGGCUUGUUCCCCGUGCACGAGAAAGGCGGCGGCAUGGAGGAGUGCGGCCGUGUCAACGAGGACCGAGGGAUCCAGAGACUGGAGGCCAUGCUGUUCGCCAUCGACGCCAUCAACCGGGACCGCCUUCUGUUGCCCGGCGUCACCCUCGGCGUGCACAUCCUGGACACGUGCUCACGAGAUACCUAUGCACUGGAGCAGGCGCUGGAGUUCGUGCGCGCGUCGCUCACCAAGGUGGACGACUCGGAGUUCAUCUGUCCGGACGGCUCUUACGCGUUGCAGGACGACAGCCCGCUCGCCAUCGCCGGUGUCAUCGGCGGUUCCUUCAGCAGCGUCUCCAUACAGGUUGCCAACCUUCUCAGGCUCUUCCAGAUCCCCCAAAUAAGCUACGCGUCCACCAGCGCCAAGCUCAGCGACAAGACCCGCUACGAUUACUUCGCCCGCACCGUGCCGCCCGACUUCUACCAGGCCAAGGCCAUGGCAGAGAUCCUGCGCUUUUUCAAUUGGACCUACGUCUCCACGGUGGCGUCAGAGGGUGACUACGGUGAGACCGGCAUCGAAGCCUUUGAGCAGGAGGCCCGCAUGAGGAACAUCUGCAUUGCCACAUCCGAGAAAGUGGGGCGUUCUAACGCCAAGAAGUCCUACGAAGCCGUAAUCCGCCAGCUGCUCCAGAAGCCCAACGCCCGCGUGGCCGUUCUGUUCCUGCGCAGCGAUGACGCCCGAGAGCUGCUGGCCGCCGCCGCCAGGCUCAACGUUUCCUUCGUCUGGGUGGCCAGCGACGGCUGGGGGGCGCAGGAGAGCAUCGUCAAGGGCAACGAGGUGACGGCGGAAGGAGCCAUCACGCUGGAGUUGGCCGCCAACCACGUGCCGGACUUCAACCGCUACUUCCUCAGCCUGAACCCCAAGAAAAACUUACGCAACCCCUGGUUCAGAGAAUUCUGGGAGCAGCGCUUUCAAUGCUCCCUAGGCGGUGGCGGAGGGGAGACGCCGCUGCCCCCGUGCGACGAGGACCUAUCCAUGGACGAGAGCAACUUUGAGCCAGAGUCCAAGAUCAUGUUUGUGGUGAACGCGGUGUACGCCAUGGCCUACGCCCUGCACAAUAUGCAGCGCAGCCUCUGCCUCAACACCAGCACGCUGUGCGACAGCAUGAAGGCCUUGGAUGGCCGCAGACUCUACCGAGACUUCAUCCUGAACGUCAGCUUCACAGCCCCGUUCUCCCCCGCCGGCAGCGAGACGGCCGUCAAGUUCGACUCCCAGGGCGACGGCGUGGGCCGCUACAAUAUCUUCAGCUACCAGCACUCGGGCGAGCGCUACGCUUACGUGCCGGUUGGCGAAUGGGCCGAGAGUCUGAGUCUUAAUGGCGGUCUGAUUCAGUGGCCCAGGGAGGCGGCGCCCACCUCACAGUGCAGCGACCCUUGCGAGCGCAACGAGAUGAAGAAAAUGCAGGCAGGCGAGUACUGUUGCUGGAUCUGCACCGCCUGCGAGCCUCAUGAAUACCUUGCCGAUGAGUUCACGUGCUCGCCCUGCGCUCCAGGUCAGUGGCCCACCGACGACCUGACGUACUGCUAUGAGCUCCCUGAAGAUUACAUCAUGUGGGAAGACGCGUGGGCCAUUGGGCCCAUUACCAUCGCCUGUGUGGGCUUCAUGUGCACCGGCCUGGUGCUGUGGGUGUUGGUCCGGCACAACGACACGCCGCUGGUGAAGGCGUCGGGUCGAGAGUUGUGCUACAUCCUCCUCCUGGGCGUCUUCAUGUCGUACGCCAUGACCUUCCUCUUCCUGGCCAAGCCGUCGCCGGCCAUCUGCGCCCUGCGUCGCCUCGGCCUGGGCACGUCCUUCGCCGUCUGCUACUCUGCGCUGCUCACCAAGACCAACCGCAUCGCCAGGAUCUUCGGCGGUGUCAAGGAUGGAGCAGGCGCGGCCAGGCCGCGCUUCAUCAGCCCGUCCUCUCAGGUCUUCAUCUGCCUGAGCCUGAUUUCGGUGCAGUUGGUGAUGGUGUCCGUGUGGCUGCUGCUGGAGGUUCCGGGCACGCGGCGCUUCACGCUGCCGGAGCGCCGGCAGACGGUCAUCCUCAAGUGCAACGUGCGCGACGCCAGCAUGCUGCUGUCCCUCAGCUACGACGUACUCCUGGUCAUCCUGUGUACGAUAUAUGCCUUCAAGACCAGAAAGUGCCCCGAGAACUUCAACGAGGCAAAGUUUAUUGGCUUCACCAUGUACACCACCUGCAUCAUUUGGCUGGCCUUUCUGCCCAUCUUCUAUGUCACCUCCAGUGACUACAGGGUCCAGACGACCACCAUGUGCAUCUCGGUGAGCUUGAGCGGCUUCGUGGUGCUGGGCUGCAUGUUCGCCCCCAAGGUUCACAUCAUCAUGUUCCAGCCCCAGAAGAACGUCACCAGUCACAGGCUCAACCUCAACCGCUUCAGCGUCAGCGGGACGGCAGUCGCCUCCUACGCCGCUCACGCUUCCGUCAGCACCCACUACGUCCCGAGCGUGUGCAACGGCAGAGAGAUCGUCGACUCCACCACUUCUUCUCUGUGACCGCGCAGCCCACCCGACCCCGCCCUGCGACUGUUAGCCACGCCCACACAGGCCCUAGCAGCCAAUGAGGUUUCAUUGGCUCACCUACUGUUGCGGCCUCUGUAACUUUCCCGUCUGAGCAGUGUAGGAAGUGUGUAACUAUAAUUAAAUUAUUUUCUAAAAGGCUUGUACAUAUGUGGAAUGCACAUUGUUGUAAGUAGACCAUCAUAGAAGACACACACACACACACACACACACAAUCAUUUUUAGGAGGAACUUUUGGGGCCUUUUGUUUUUUGAUAGCUUUGUUAUUCUGAUGUAAAUAGAUUCAGGACGGUGGGACGGAAGCGGACGCUUGCAAUACCCCACUGACUUUUUAUUAAUGUUAUGAUGAUUAUUCUCAUCUUCUUUUUGUAGGUUCUCGUUGUAAUAAUGAUAAUAAUACUCCAAUGUAUGCAUUUCUAAUGUGUACCUUUUUGUGCAGUAUGGCCGACGGUUGAAACAGCACAAUGUGUGGACAGUAUUUGGGCAAGACUGAAUGUGA